CCGAGGCCCCGCUCCCAGGGAACACUAGUAGUUCCGGGUUGCCCGCCCGCUCCGCUCUAGCCGCCCAGUUUCCGCCUCUCGCCUGCUCUCCGGUGCUGGAGCGGGCCGGGGCGAGCUUCCCGGGACACGUGCGAGCAGGCUCGGCCGCAGGGAAUCUUGUUCCUCACUGCCUUAGAAAUGGCUUCAAUUUCAGAAUACGCACUGCGCAUGUCCCGACUCAGUGCCCGGAUCUUUGGAGAAGUGGCCAGGCCUACUGAUUCAAAGUCCAUGAAAGUGGUGAAUAUGUUCAGUGAGCUUCCCUUGGCCAAAAAGAAAGAGACUUACGACUGGUAUCCAAAUCACAACACGUAUUUUGCGCUCAUGGGCACACUGCGUUUCCUUGGCCUUUAUAGAGAUGAGCAUCAGGAUUUCAUGGAUGAGCAAAGACGACUAAAGAAGCUCCGUGGAAAGGAGAAACCAAGGAAAGGAGAAGGGAAAAGAGCUACAAAAAAAAAGAAAUAGAAUAAGCUCAUCAAGGAAGAAAAUUGCUUCCUCGAUGAUUAAGAAAGUGUAUCUCGCUAUCUUUUCACAUAUUAGAGGAACACAACCUUCCUCAGUAGACAUCAACCCCAUGUUCUCAUCCACUUCAAUUAAGCUGUGAUGGUUUCUUGAAGAUAUUCUAAUUCUUCAAACCUUAUUUGCCUUGGUUUUGUAAUGUGGCAUUUACCUAAUUCUCUAAUGGAAUGAAUAAACAAUUGUUCAGUGAUUUGUUUAAGAUGGGAAUGGGAUAUUGGGAGUGGGGCAGGGAGAGAACUCACUUAAUGAGUAUCCUAUACUUCCCUUAUUCCUCAUUGCUUCCCCAGGACCCAGCCCAGCCUUCCUCUCUCUGACCAUUCAGCCUUGUCUUCCUUCACCUUCCAGCUCACUCUUCUGAAGGUGACUACAUGAGAUUAAAAGCUUUUUAGAAAA